CUGUUGGGCAGUCAGAAGUCUACCAAAGAGAAGGCUCGGUCACUGAUUACCAAGAUAGUGAACUCACUCACUGCAUGCUCUGAAAUUGGUGGACCCAUGGCAGCCAUGUAUUUGCUCAAGCAUCCAGACCACUACAAGAGCCACAAAUUCUGCACAUGUUUCUGGAGAGGAUAUGUGUAUGAGGUGAUGCGU